UCUCUCUAUACCACUAAGGCUCACAAACGAAUCUCAGAAGCUUCCAUAUAUCUCAACCUCCGCUCUCCUACUCAUCGAUAGCGCCAGCUCCCGUUCCGUUUUUAUUGUUCCCGCGGAAAUAGAAAGCGAAAGAGUAAAAGCAAACAAGCAGCCAGGUUGUUUUACUCCGAUCUCUGAUGAGAUGAAGGAGGGCGAUCAGCUACCCACGUCGGCGAAGCCCUCCUCCGCCGCUGGCGCCGCCGAGACCGCCCUCUUCGGCAAGGGUCGAUACAAGUUCUGGGCCCUCGCUGCCAUCAUCCUCCUCGCCUUCUGGUCCAUGCUCACCGGCACCGUCACCCUUAAAGGGUCCGCCGGCAACCUCAACCGCAUCUCCGACGACCUCCUCGAUGCCCCCCUCCGCGAUGCUGAUCUCGACGUCCUGGAGAUGGAGGAGAGGGAGAAGGUUGUGAGGCACAUGUGGGACAUCUACGCGCACAGCCUUCGGAUCCGGCUGCCGCGGUUCUGGCAGGAGGCGUUCGAGGCGGCCUACGAGGAGCUCGCCAGCGACGAUCUGGCCGUCCGGGACGCCGCUGUCUCCGAGAUCGCUCGGAUGUCCAUGCGGAUGGUCGAUCUCGAGCCCCCGCCUCGCCAUCCCAAGAAUGCAGAACCGCAUGAUUUUCAAAGGGAUGGCAGCAGCAGGACUAAAGCGAAGCCAUCAGCCUUCUCAUCAAUGGGUGCCCAAUAAGUUGCAGCAAAUAUUCCUCGGCCCCAACAUUUCUGUUGCUGAACAAUGCUCUAUCAAUAGCCGAUUUACUGAAGUUUGCCAAGGUUGUUUCCUUAUUAAGCAGUAGCAUGCAGAAAAAUUGUUUUCCUGCUUUCUAAAUUCUAGCUCUGGUGCAUGCUCAAGGCAAGCUUUUGCAAGAUGCCACGUGGUUAUAAAUUACACUGAUGAAUCAUUAUUUUGUAACUUUUAACUCUUUUUAACGAAUAUUGGAAUCUAGGAAGAGUUUGCCAAGUGAGUGCUCUUUAAGACUACUUUGUAUGCUCUGUUUGGUUGCAUGGAAAAGAUGAGUUUCAACAAAAUGAGGCGGCUGUGAAUUUAUAUGGGCAUUACUGUAGUUGUAACUGUCAAGCCUUCACCUGGCUUUGUGAAUUUAUAUCCUUUAUUAAUGGAACUACGGGGUGAACAUAU